AGAAUAUUGAUGACAUCAUCAUUUUGUUCUUGCCGUACACCGAUAAUUGCAAGAAACUAAAUCACGCUUCAAUAUUCAUCAAUAUAGAAACUAUUCUGCUUUGAAUGAUCGUCAUAGAAUGUUAUUUUGUAUAGACCGACAUGGGACUACAAUUUCUCUAAAAACCAGUAUGGGCAUUGCAUAGCUUGUAUACUCUCAAAUCUUUGACUCUUGUUAUUCAUCGUGCUUCAACAACAAUUUCAUCAUCGCCAUCAUUGUGAACUUUGAUUUACGGAAUCUUCGCCAACCAACUUGGAUUUUAUCUGGACUAUCAUAACUUUGGAAUGCACAUCUGACACUUUAAGAGAUAAUAAUCACCAUUAUCAGUGGUUUAAAGAUGAGCGGGGUACGAUCCAAUAAAUUGAUUUGUUGGGGUGUGACAGGAACGAUCAUGGCCUGUAUCGGUAUCGUUCUUAUUCCCAUCACAGAUGUCGUCAUUUUAAAGGUCAUGGAGCAGGAAGGAACCCUAGUCCCCAGUUCUCUUGCCUAUCCUCUAUGGGAAGAGGUCCCUAUUCCAAUAUAUUUUCAGUUCUGGUUCUGGAAUCUCACCAAUCCUGAGGAAUUCUUGAAAGGAGGACCAGCAAGACUAGAAGAACUUGGACCCUAUACAUAUAAGGAGUAUCGUCCAAAGGUUAACAUAACCCACUAUGAUAACGGGACAGUCAGCUACCUUAACAAGAAAAGUUUUGUCUUUGAUCUUGACAUGUCUGUCGGUCCUGAAUCAGAUACCUUCAUUGCAGUUAACAGCCCUGUCUUUACUAUUGCUAAUUGGCUCAAGAACGCCCCUGACCUGAUUCAGAAAGCUUGGCAACUAAUUCACGAGUUAUCUACAGCUGAUGUCAUAAUAGAACUGUCAGUUGGAGGCUUCAUAUGGGGCUAUCCAGAAAAGUAUUUAGAAUUAGCACAAAGGAUCCUUGGUGAAGACGUUGUUCCUUUCACAAACUUUGGCAUUCUGAUGGGGUAUAAUAACAGUGAUGAUGGUAUAUGGUCUGUGUAUACUGGUCAAGAUGAUCUCAUGAAGCUUAAUCAGAUGGAUAUGUGGAAUAGAGAGAGGUUACUAUCAUGGUGGACUACAGACUAUGCUAAUGCCUUAAAUGGCACUGAUGGAACGAUAAUGCAUCCAUUCGUAGAUAAAGAGGAAGAAGUGUAUGUCUACUCCACAUAUGUGUGUCGGUCUGGUCUAUUGCUGUUUGAAGGCUACCGAGAGUUUCGUGGUAUAUGGCUGUAUUAUUUUAGCGCACCUGAAUACCUGUAUGCGAACGCCAGUAUAUACCCACCUAAUAUUGAUUUUUGCACUCCUGACCAAACCACUUGUCCCCCUUCUGGAUUGAUUAACGUCAGUGUAUGUUAUUUCCAAGCACCCAUCUAUCUAUCAUCACCACAUUUUCUAUACGGAGACGACAGGUUAUUUGAUGACGUCAUUGGUAUGAAACCAAACUUUAACAUCCAUGGAGUGGAGGCCGAAAUUGAACCGCUUACGGCCCCAUAUCUUCACCCGUGA